CCAUCUGGGGUGGAAAUCUUUUAAUCACACACAAGGCGAUCUGCGACAGAAAACCAGUUAAUGUGGACAUACAACGUCUUCGAGUUCUAAAUUGAAUAACUAAAUCUUGAUUCUUCGUACCUUAGUCUAGCAUUAUAUUCUGGGAUGUUAUAUUUGCCCAGUGUUUGAUUACAGAUUACAUACCAUGAUUAACCAGAUACAGAAAGUAAACUUAAGCUUAGUCUAAUUCAGCGUGAAACAUGUAUCGAUUUAACGUCACAAGGGUAUUUAUAUUGUGCGUCCUCGCGGCGACAUUCGUAAUGGCUCAGCAUGUUCAGAGAGCCACUGUGUACUGGGAUGCUGUUCAGAGGUCUGUGGUCCUGAAAGAGGAUGUGAUGGAAGAGAAUGGAGAUGCCUUUGGUUAUUUCAAUGAUAGUUUGUCUGUUUCUGGAUGGGGAGUGCUGGAAGUGCAAGCUGGUUAUGGAGAAUCCCAGGAGAAUGAUGAAGUCACAUACUUUUUGGCCGGAUACCUUGAAGGAUACCUUACAGCUUCGCAAAUGAUAAACCAUUACUUUAAUAUGUAUCCUCAGAUAAUAAAGGAUCGAAGUGUUUUGAAACCUCUGAAAUGCUUUAUGAGUGAGCAGAACUCGUGGACAAGAGCACAAGUGAAAUUAAAUGGCAAGAGUGAUCCCUUGUGGCACCAUGUUGGUCUUCUGGUGGCUCAGAUGGAUGGACUGCAUGCUGGAGCAGAAUUUUGGGCCAAAAGUAGACAGAAGAAGCCACUGUCCAUGUUUGCAGUUCAGCUCCUCAAUGGUAUUGGGGAUUUGCUAGACUUAAUCCCUGUUCUGAAAAGGCAUUCCAACUCGUCUCGGGACUCCUUCAGAAUGCCAGGCAUGAGUCACUGUUCUGCUCUCAUCAAGAUGUUACCUGGAUAUGAGAAUCUGUUGCUCGGUCACUCCAGCUGGUACACUUAUGCAGCCAGCAUGAGAAUCUACAAGCACUGGAACUUGAAACGUAAAUGUAAUGGCAUUAGAAGACUGUCAUUUAGCAGCUAUCCAGGGACCUUGUCAUCUCUGGAUGACUUUUAUUUGUUGGGAACAGGGUUUUUUGUGACUCAGACUACAAACAACGUGUUCAACACAUCUUUGUUCUCCCUGGUGACCCCGAAGGCUUUGUUGGCCUGGCAGAGGGUGCGUGCGGCACAUUCGCUGGCCUGCACUGGAAAACAAUGGGCGCAGAUAUUUGCCAAGCACAACUCAGGGACUUACAAUAGCCAAUAUAUGGUGGUGGACCUGAAAAGAAUUUCACUUGGACGGCAGAUUGAGGACUGGAGUCUGACUGUUGUGGAGCAGAUCCCUGGUCUGGUGGUGUAUUCGGAUCAGUCUCAAGCACUACGUCAGGGUUACUGGGCAUCCUACAACAUUCCUUUCCACUCAGACAUUUACCAAGCGAGUGGUUAUGGUGUGAUGUGGAAAAAGCAUGGCCAAGACUUCUCAUAUGACCUUUCACCACGUGCAAAGAUUUUUCGCAGGGACCAGGGAAAAGUCACUAGUCUGGAGACCUUGAAAGAUAUCAUGAGGUACAACGAUUACAGAAAAGACCCAUACUCAAAGAAGCAUCCUUGUAAAUCCAUCUGUUGCCGUAAUGAUCUGAGGCUCCGACGACCUCAUCCAGGGGGCUGUUAUGAUACUAAGGUUGCAGAUUAUCGCAUGGCCCAGAUGUUUACAGCCGAAGCUGUGAACGGACCCACUAGUCAAAAUGGACUUCCACUUUUCUCUUGGAGUCGUUUUAAUCGAACCGCUCAUCAGGGGCUUCCUCAGACCUACAACUUUACAUUCAUCACCAUGCAGCCUCUACUCUUUGCUUUCAGAGAUCAAGCCAAGACUGAGAGGUGUCUGGUACAGUGUAUGACCAGCAGUGUAGAGGAUACUGAUGCAUCAGAUAUUUACAAACAGAUUCACAAAGUCAUCGGAUACAUUUUUGCCCCAUGACACUUGCUUUGAGAUUGAAAUCAGUGUAUGGUAAGGCUACAUAAGGGGGCAUUUAGAUUAACUGCUGGUUUUCCAAGCAUUUAGAUGAGAUGCAUACGACUGCUUAGAAAAUAAAUAUUGAAUAAGCAAGAACUUUAAAAUAAACAACGUAAUUUUUUGUGUGCUUUUGGCGAAUGAUAAAUAACAACUGCAAUAAUAGUCUCCGACAAGUAUUUACUUGGGCUGCAUGGUAGCGCAGUGUAUGGCACUGUCGCCUCACAGGUCACUGGUUUGAGCCCCUGCUGGGUCAGUCGACAUUUCUUUGUGGAGUUUGUAUGGUCUCCCUGUGUUGG